UCCAGGUGAGAUCAGGUGAACAGGAAGGAGGAGCCUCAGAAACAUUUGAGGAUCUGCAGACGCACGUCAUGACAGGCAGGAGAGAGGAGAACUUCUCCUGUUGUAAACUUUGAGAAGGAAGAACAUGAGGCACGUCGCUAUAAAGCGGAACCCGAGGGGAUAAAAAACAGAGAACUGAACGUAAAGAUGGCACAGCAGGAGGAACCUCUGUAUGAUUUCCCAGAGCCAUCCCAGCCAUCAAAGCAGAGGCUGCCUCAAAGAGGAAGGAGCUCCCUGAGAAGCAUCAGUGUGUUGGACCGACUCCUGCUUACAGUUCCUGUUUGGUUGCAGCUGUCCAUCAAUCCGGCUAAUGCUCUGCACAUUCUGCAGAGGGAGCCUCCUGGGACAUUCCUGGUGAGAAAGUCUCGCACAUCUGGAAGGAACGUACUUUGCGUUCGUUUGGCGGAUGACAGUGUGCCUUCAUUUGUUCAGGAGUUUGGCAUCAGGGAGGAACAGUCAACUCUGUCUCUGGAGAGUUCGGCCAUCAGCUUUCCAGAUCUCCCAAGACUAAUUUCAUUUUACUGUGUCAGCAGAGAUGUGUUACCUUUUCCUCUGGAGCUUCCUGAAGCCAUUGCGAGGGCGGCGUCACACAAAGAGCUGGAGUCCAUCUCCCACAUGGGAAUUGAAUUCUGGCGUUCCCAUCUAAAUGUACGUGGACCACGGGAGGCUCCUAAAGCCAGAAAAGAGGAGAAGCAGCCAGAUGCUGCAUCAUCUGCUAUACCUGCUAUCCUACAGACCGACUCUAAUGCUCAGCCAGAGUCUGGUCUCCAACCAGAUUCAGAGAACCAACCCAGUGCAGCUGAACCCCACUCAAACGGCACCAAAUCGUAUUCAAAUCCAACCCUCUUCCAGGAGUUUUGUCCAAUCACAACGCGCAGCCCCAGAGAGCUGGACUGCGGCUCUGGCCAGGGCGCCCUCUGCUUCAUUAACCCUCUCUUCCUACAGUCGCAGAGUGCUUUCUCCAGAAGGCACAUGUUCAAACGCAGCCUAAAGGUUCGAGUUUCCACAGAGACGUCCAGCUUGCUCUCGCCUCCGCUCGCUCCCCCGCCUCCUCCACCCCUCAUGCCUAAAACCAAAGGGAGACGUAAAGGUCUAAAAGCAGGAGGCUUUGUUAAACCCAACGGGGAUACGUUUCAUGUUGCUCAGGUUGAGCCACCUCUCAUUGAGCUGGAGGAGGAGCCUCCAUCAGGAGAUCUUUCCUUAAUUUCAGACAUAAAGGAGGAGGGCCAACCGGAGUGUGGAAGCAGCACCACUGAAGAUGACAAACAGGAAGUACCUGCAGCUCUUUUAGAUGACUACUUGCACCCUAAUCCUGUGAUCAGUGCUCCCUCGCUCUCCCCUUACCAAUCACCUUCCAUUUCUCCAAGAGCACCUCCUCUUUUCCCUAAAACCAGCUAUUCACUGUCUCCCCGCAACUCUCCCAGUGCUUCCCCAUCCAUUUCACCUUAUCAGUCGCCAUCUUUAUCCUCUCAAGUACCUCUGUCUCUCUCUCCAUACGACUCACCAAACCUUUCUCCCUCUCUCUCCCCUGUAACCGUGCAGAACACCUCUGCACUGGCAGGACAAGGCUGCUGUGCGGAUGCUGCUCCUUCAGGGUCAGGGCAGGAGGCUGUGAAGGAAGUGACUCACACAGACAAGAAUACAGAGGAUGAUGGAGAGACAAAGCAUUUGAAUGAAGAGAGAGAAAAAGAGGGGACAGAUGUGGAUUUAGAGAGAAGUGCUGAAGAUGAUGGCUUCAGUUCUGUCAGUGAUCUCAAAGAAUCACUAGAGACUCCUCCUCAGUCACCCCAUAAACCGGACAUGGUAAAAGAAUGCAAAGAGACUUAGGCUGUUUAGGAAUUUUAAAGUUAUAGCAUUUUUUUGAAAGAACAGAGAUUGCUUAUAUAAAUAAUUAUUUAAUUGACAUGAUUCCUUUUCCUGAGCUCACGACUGUUAAGCAUUCAUUUGCUCUUGGUUUUUUAUGAGGGUGCGUGUCUUUUCCAAUUCAACAAAGCUAAGAAUUGUUUAAAUGUUUACUAAGAUACACAUCAAGCUUUUUUUUUU